UCACAGACUAGGUAAUUAUUUAUUUCGUAAUCCAACUUAACCUCUGUUAAAUCACAGGAUGGAGAAACGUUGCCUCAUUAAAAUGUUGCAUUAGUUUCGCUUGUGUUCUUCUACCUGGCUGGUAAUUGUUUUGUGCGAAUGGUCUAAUUAUUUUUUUAUUAUAAUUGCAUUUUCUAUGCAGUUAUUCCCUCUUAUUACUAAGGAUAUUUGUCGUGAGUGACACGUUGCUCAGUGGAAGUGUUCAGCUGACACCCAUAUAUCACUUCCUUAUCAUCCCUACCACUGCUGUUUAUCAUCCAUAUCAUUACCAUCUCUUCCUUUCUUUUCACUUUGACUUAAUUGAGUUAUCUCAUAUUGUGAACGCCUUUGAGUGGAAUGAAGUUUCAAGACUGUUUACGUCUGAUUGAAAAGUUUCCAAAUCUGUAUUUUUUGGAAGGUAGGGAGCUGGGUGUUGGGAUUUAUUAUUAUAUUUAUGGGGAAAUACUGUUAGGGUCAUGCAGCGAUUGGGAAUGGGAGAUAAUCAGGUUUGAUUCGAGGAAAGUGUGGGUGACUCUACUCCCUUGGAUCAAGAGCCCUUCCAGCCUCAUUCUCCCUCCCUUGAAUAGGAAGUUAAUGUGCAAUCCUUAUGAUCAAUGAAAUGCAUUCUGUUAGAUGUUGCUUGCGGCCCCUGACGAGUGUUCUUGUGUGUUGCAGGUUGUGAUGGCAGGACGGCGCAGCUGGUGACUCUGCAGACAUGCUUGCCACGGCUGUGAUGCCCCUGGCCAGCCUCCUGCUCCUGCUGGUGGGGACCACCUCCUCCAGGGCGCAGGUGGGCCUCCGCACAGCUCCCCUCACCGCUCCCAGGAUUCGCGACUACAGCAACAGCAGCAGCCUGGGACUCUUCUCCUCAAAGUGGUCAGGGAUGGACCUGCGCCACAAGGGCAACAACACCAGCAGUAUCGAGAGCUCCCUGGCUGCUAUCUUCAGAGGUGUGGCCUACGGCGUCUCCACCAGCCAGGCCGCUUCCUCCACUACAACCACCUCCACUUACCGUCCUCCACAUCCCACCUCUUACAGGAGGCCCCUGGACCUUCCCCCGAGGGAUGACCACGGGUAUCUAGCCUCGGGGCCGCCUGCAUGGUCGUCACAACCGGGUUUGGAGCUGGAGGUGCAGCAGAAGGCUGUGACGGACCAGAGGGGCGUCAAGAGCCUGGGUAACCGGCCGGUUCAGACGCCGUAUAUAGAGGUACCCAUCAAUACCGCACCGGAGGUCAGCCACGACCAGAUGAUGGACGUACCUCCGGAGAGGUCCGUCGAGGUGGUGCGGGCGGAUGUGGGCGUGGGAUUGAGCAAGGUGGCGUGGGUGCGAGCCCUGGGCACGGCGUGGGUGGUGCACGUGUACUGCGCCGCAGGGCUGUACAGUCUGCUGGCGCUGCUGGCGCUGUUCUGGCUAGCACGUGUACACGCUGCUACCCACCUCCUGCCCCGGGGCUACUACAUCACCCUUCACCUCCUCAUGUUCCUCGCAGCCUUCCUGCGCUGUGUCCAUCUCUUCCACGACCCUUACGGUGCCGAGCGACGCCUCCCUGUGGCCCUCUCAGCCGUGGUGGAAGAGACCGGCUGGCCCUGUCUGACGGCGGCGCUGGCAGUGGUGGUGCUGGCUAUUGUGAGGGCAUGGCGCUGCCCACGUCUUCUGCCCCGCAAACCUCAUGCCCCGUUGGCCCUCGCCCUCCUCACCGCCGCCCAUCUUCUAGCAUCUAUCGCCGCCCACUUGACUUCUGCAUUGUUGCCUGAACACGCUGGCCCACUGCGGGCAGCUGCCCGGGCAGUUACAGCAGCCUGGGGUGGCGCUGUUGGUAUCGGUGGAUUUCUGGCCGUCUGGCGGGUUGGUCGCGCAGCCGGGCGCCAUCCUGGCCUCCUGCUGGUGCGACUGAGUCGAGCUCCUAUGGAAGGGUCUCUCCCUGCCCGCCACCCCCGCGUGGCGCUCCUGCGAGGCUCCCACCUCACCCUGGUGGCCUCUCUCCUGCAGGUGGUUGUGGCUGGCCUUCACAUGUAUGCCCUGGUGGGACCUCACUACAUCCUUGAGCUCCCUCCAGCGUACCCCUGGCACUGGCUGGCCUACCAGAGCACCUGUCGCCUGUUGGAGGUGCUCAUGUGGGUGCUGCUGGGGGUGACUUCGGUGCUCAGGCUGGGGGGCUCUUCGGGAAAGCGGCAGAACCACAAGGGCGAGAAACGGCUCCUCUCGGUGCUAUCUUGUAGGAGGUGUGGUAGCUGCUCCAGCAUCACAGCUCAGGACAAGGUGGAUGAAGUGUUCCCCGCUGUCUGCCAGACUAAUCAAGCUGUGAGGAACUUCACAUUGCAGUCCUGCGGGAAGGGUGUAUACCAAGAGGCACUGACUCAGGAGCCUCUAGCGCGCAGGGCCAACACUGUCCGGGUGACCCAUAAGAGGCCAUCGAUACGUAAGUCGGCUACUUUGCACUCGGCCACCUCUGACAUUCACCUUCUGUGGAAUCAUGGCAACACUCUCAGUGCCCUUCCUCCGGAUGCUUCAUCAAGACCUUCAUCAAUGCUAUUUAACGACGCUGGCUUCGUUAGGUUCAGGAUGCAGGUGGACCCCCAGCAAGCCAUGGACGAGGUCCUCCGCAAGUCCCUACAAAACCUGGAGAUCCAAGCUGAGGCCGGCGACUCGAAACUCCAGCAGGUCCCGAAGGAUGACCCACCAAGCUAUGAUCAGAGCCUCUACGCCAACACUCCCCAGCCAGGAGAAAAAUCUCCAUCGGCAAAAUCUAAAAGUUCUCCCAGGUAUGAGGACCCAUAUGACAGCAACCAGUUCGAGCACUUGUUGCAGAAUCGUAUCAACUCCGAUCUGUACUGCGGUCUGGAUAACAGGCACUGCAGGAGUGAAGCCGCCAGUGUCACAGACUACAGUUCUACGGACGCUCUUUCUCCUGCAGCUACUGCAGAUAAUGAAUGGUCUAAAUACGCCAGCACCUGUUCUUCCAUCAGCGCUGCCAACAGCUUCGAUGUACGCAUGUAUGAUGACUUCGAAGUGGCUUCGUAUUACCAGUCACCCUCGUCUGCUUCCUCGCAUGUAUAUGCUUCUUUACACCGGCCUGUGGCACGUGCACGCCUGGCUCGCCAGAGAGCAGUGUACGGUGAGGGCGAGUCUGUCGUGCACGGAUACGAGGGCCGACAGGCUGUAGAGCAGUUAACGGCACUGCUUGCGCCUCGAACCUCAUCUACCUCGCCUCAGUCUGACAUCCACGUAGAUUACCUGACGGACGGCUCCCACGAUCGUCACACACGUGGCUCUGACUCCGACCUCUGCUCUACCGGCAGUCGUCAUACACGGCACAGUCGAAAACAUGACGACGAGCGACAGUCACCAGGAAACUGGCGACAACCUCACUCCCGUCGUCUUAACCUGCACGACAUCACACCAGACUCGGCCGUGGUCGUGGACUAUGCUGGCCACACUGACGAAGCCUCUGGCGAUGAUAGCGAGGUGAUACACCGUCCGGGACAGCCUCUUACCCAGAGGUCCGGACUCCUCACUAAAAUAGUAAAGAAUAACUUUUCUUUAAACUGUACUGGGUAUACGCCUUUAGGCAGUGAAGACGUCUUCAAUCUGCCAUUACACCACCAGCAGAUUCUGCUAAAGCAGGUGCAGCAGCAGAACCUUCAGCAGCGGAAUUUAGCUGAGGAGAAGUGUGAGAGGCUGAGGCCCUGUGGCCACCGUCCCCGGAGGGUCCUCAGAGAGGACCCUAAAGUUACCAGCCCUGUGAAACCAUCUGUCCAGAACCGCAAGCACUCUCCCAGCGAGCAGCCAUUGAAGCAGCUGCAGCUACUACCGAGCCAGCAGGAGGAGCCCAGCAGCCUAGAGCAGGAUUCUGUCGGUGUGACGGACGGGACGACACAGACGGAGCCACGGGUAUGGCCCGCUCUCUCUCCUUCCUCCUCCCGCCCCGCCUCCUCCCUGGCCUCACACUCUGAUCUACCCUCUGAGUGCGUCGACUCUGAAGACGACGUGACCGACGAUAACCAAGAGAACCCCAGUGGCCUCGAUGUCCACCAAGAGGUGCCACCUCUAGCUGCCUGGCACUCCCCGACGCGUCUCCAGGCGGCUGUGUGACCUCGGGUGACCCGGGGAGCUAAUGGCAGCUCCUCGAGGAUCCUCGUCCACACACGAGGGAGAAGUCGUAGUCUACCAGUCACAGCAAGAGACUUCAGGGCUUUCUCGGCUAAGCACAUCCCUCAAAUACGACAGCGAUCGGAACAAGCUCGGUGAAGAUGCCAGAGUUUGAGGACAGUACCAUCUCGUGUGUCAUGCGCUGGGUAACUUGGCCUGGACUGUGUCGCAGCUCAGACGUGCAGGUACUCACAGACAACAGACUGCUCAGUGACUUUGUGAUAACGUUGUCAAGAAGGGAACUCAUGUCAAGGCUCAGCAGCUUCUGCCAUUUUUGUACAUAGCAAACAUUUUUUUUCCUUAUUGUUGGGGCAGGAAUGUGUUUUCUUCCUAAGGGUGUUAUUUGUGAGCGUAUACAGCCAGUUUGUCCACAGAUUAGUGUUAACAUUGACUUUAAUGAGAAACAAGCAAGAAGACUGUGAGUGUGUGACAGUGCUUCUCAUCAUCAUUGCCAAGACUGCGUGUGUUUUCUCAAGUGUGUUGUCUCCUAUGGCAGAUAUACACACUCCUAUUAGCCCUAAGUUACGAGGGUGAUUGAUUUACCUAAUCAGUCGAGUAUAAGCCCUUUAUGUGAUAUUAAAACCAUACGAUGAAGGGUCGUGGUCAGAAAGUGUCGGGUCAGCUUCACUGCUCAGUUGAUUUGAAAAGUUUAUUCUCCCCCCUCCCCCUAGGGGCAGAUGACCCCCAAAGGGUUUAGCGCUGCGCUGUGAAAAUUUAAUAUGACUUUUUUUCACUUCCUUGCUACUUACUAACGCCACCCAAUAAAUUCUCAAUCUAUAAAUUCUAAAAUGAAUUUCGUGUAUGAAUGUUAAUACAUAAGAAGGCUUAACAUCAGUCAGUUAUUUCCACCAUAACAGCGAUUAGCGAAUGAGUGAUCGAGCCUACACUACUAAUUGCGGUGAAUAGCCCUUUGAUAUACAAAGCAGUAUUGUCUUGCACAUCGUGAGGUUCUAAAGCCAUAUGUGUAAAUCAGCACAAUAAGAAGAUAAGACUCGAUCCUCCGUCCACUAAUUGCGAUCCAGACUUUAAGCAGUUAGACUCUUGCUGGAUAUUUAAUAGCGAUGUUUAAGCCAGUUUAAAUAUCAGCAGUUUCUAAUAUGAGAACAACAACUGGAGCACAAUGUUACAACGCUCAGAGCCAUGAUGGAACUUCUGUGUUUGUGCUAAUUACUGCCUGCCUUUUCGAUUACCUCUGCUUUUGAGUGCACCAAUGCAAGUGCUCUCUCUCUCUCUCUCUGUGUCUCUCUCUGUCUCUGUCUCUCUCUCUCCCUU